ACCAAUCCCUCUCCCUCGCACCUCCUUCCCCUCUCUCCUCUCGAAGCGCCCAGUGUCGGUGUACCACCUAUCGCGAGAGUGCCGCGAUUAGAGUUCCCGUUCCUGUGAGGUUGCACGGGAUUCCAGGAUUCAUAGACUUUUUAAAGUACUAGAGUGAGUAUCCUUUUUUUUUUCUUCCUGUGGAGGAGGUUUCGAUACCACUGCUUCUUUCCUCGUUGGUGGAAUAGAAGUGAAAGAUGUUCUUUGAAGACACACAGGAUUUUAUCGUAGCUGUAUUACCGGACAACAGAAGCCCAGCUCCCAAAAAGAAAGAAAAAGGCAGACAAGAGUUCAUGCUCUAGCGUAUUUCUUAUGAACAUUAUGAUUAUGCUUUUUAAAAAGGGUUUUCGACAUUUGAAACUGCAGAAGCAGAAGGAUUCUACUGCAGAAGCAAACGCAGUCCAUAGUUCUUAUCCUGUAUUGCUGGGACGGGCUCUUUUGGUCCAAAGACAUAACUCCAUAAUGUAGUCCACUAUUAAAAUGGCAGAUUGAAGAUGGAUUUAAGGCUGAGAGAAUGAUUUACAACAACCCUACUAUGCAGUCCGCCACUGUUAUUUCCAUGCUGCUGAGCGGGGGGCCAUGAGGUUGAAUGGUAGAUUUUUGUUUAUGACGACCUUGCCAAUGUAGUUAUAUACAUGGGAAAUCUAACACAAAGCAGUAAUUCUUUUAUGUGACACUCAGAGUUGUUAUGCAGGGUUUUAAAGUGCUGCCAUGGAAAUUUCCCAUGGCAGCACUUUAAAGCGCUAUGCAACAGCCCUAAUUUGGAAAUCAUACACCCCCCAUUGAUAGUAUAUCACCAUCAAUCUAGUAACUGUUUUGAGAUUUUCAAUUGAAAGAUAACUCAUAUAAAACAUUCCUAAUAAUAAGGACUUUGAAGAAGCAAAACAGAAAAAGCAUUGACGCUUUAGAACUUUGGUGCUGGAGAAGACUUUUGAGAAUGCUAUGGACAACAGCCAAGGAAAACAACAAAUGGAUCAUAAAACAAAUCAAUCCAGAAUUGUCACUCGAGGCACAAAUGACCAGGCUCAAACUAUCAUACUUAAGACACAUUAUGCGAAGAUCCGGCUCCCUUGAGAAGUCCAUAAUGCUGGGGAAAGAAGAGGACGACCAGCAUCAAGGUGGAUGGGAUGGACUUGAUUAUGACAGCAAUGAAUGCACCACUGAGAGACGUUAAAAGUCAAGUUGAAGACAGAUCAUCCUGGAGAGAAUCUAUCUAUGUGGUCGCUAAGAGUCGACACCGACUUGACGGCACGUAAUCAAUUAUCAAUCAAUAAUAAGCAAAGAUAAUAUCAAUUAUAUUGUCACCUCUAUCGACUCUCUCUAGCCUCUUCCCAACCCAAUCCGUCAAAUGAAUGCAGACGUUCCUUCUGCCCCUUUCACCUACACGUGAGCGCGCUAUACCGUUACACUACGCAGAGCGCUAAUUGGAAAUCCCAAAACAAACACUGAAGUAGGAGUCGCGUCUGUGACUCCAGUCUUUCUAUCUCUACGGAAGACACAAGGGCAGGAGAUGCUUCUCUAUUGGUUAGAAGGAGGAUAGGCGGUGCUUAGAGAGGAAACAUGCUAUGCACGCUUUGAAUGGGUUGACCGUAGAUGUGUCACUGACAGAGCAGACUUUCUUCUUGGGGUUCCCCCCUUCUGCUUCCGCUUCACCCGGCAUCUCGCGAAACUUCUCGUGAGGUCGUCGCGCGCUGUGAAGACAGGGGUGCUUGAGGGGCUGUAGAGCGGGUGCUGCUGCUGAAUAUUGUUGGACUCUUCUUUGAUGACUGCAAUCUGUCGCCAUGAAUAUGCAGAUGUUCAUAGCUGCUGGUCUCCUGGUACAUUGUGUAUUCCUAGUCUCUAUUUUUGACAUUUACUUCACUUCUCCUCUGGUCCAUGGCAUGGCUCCUCAUCAAACUCUGUUGCUGCCACCUGCACAACGCUUAGUACUUUUCGUUGCAGAUGGUCUGCGUGCAGAUUCACUCUAUGAAUUGGAUGACAAUGGAACUUCUAAUGCUCCUUACCUUAGGGAUAUCAUAAUAUCCAAGGGCAGCUGGGGAGUAUCUCAUACUCGUGUUCCAACAGAAUCUAGGCCUGGGCACGUGGCUCUCAUAGCUGGAUUUUAUGAAGAUGUCAGUGCUGUUGCUAGAGGAUGGAAAGAAAACCCUGUGGAAUUUGAUUCCCUUUUCAAUCAAAGCAAAUACACUUGGAGCUGGGGAAGUCCAGAUAUUCUGCCUAUGUUUGCUAAAGGUGCCAGUGGAUAUCAUGUUUACACCAAUUGUUAUGAAGCUGGAAGUGAAGACUUCGGAGCAAAAGAUGCCACCGUGCUAGAUACUUGGGUUUUUGACCAAGUAAAGGAUUUCUUCAACUCUGCUAGAGACAAUGAAACAUUGUUUUCUAAAGUGCAUGAGCAGAAAAUUGUUUUCUUCCUGCAUUUAUUAGGGAUAGACACAAAUGGGCAUGCCUAUCGACCUCAUUCAAGGGAAUACAAGAACAAUAUCAGGAAAGUUGACCAAGGUGUAAAAGAAAUUGUUUCAAUGAUUGAGGAUUUUUAUGGAAAUGAUGGCAACACAGCUUUUAUAUUGACGUCUGAUCAUGGAAUGACAGAUUGGGGAACUCAUGGGGCCAGUCACCCCUCAGAGACUUUAACACCAUUAGUUGCUUGGGGAGCAGGAAUCAAGUAUCCACAGAGAGUCACUUCUCAACAAUUUGAAGAUGAAUUUUUAAAAGAGUGGAAGCUGGAGAGUUGGAAGCGACAGGAUGUCAACCAGGCUGACAUAGCACCACUGAUGGCUUCCCUUAUUGGAGUCCCUUUCCCUCUGAAUUCUGUGGGAAUUCUACCUCUGGAGUACUUGAACAAUACUGCUCAUUUUAGAGCAGAGAGUAUGCUUACAAAUGCUGCUCAGAUUCUUGAACAAUUUAAGGUUAAGAUGGCACAGAAGAAGAAAACCACAUUUUCGUUUCUGUUUUCACCAUUCAGGUCUCUUUCUGAUUCAGAACAGAUUGACAUUCUCCGGAAAGCAAGGUCUUUCAUUCAGCAUGAAAAAUAUGAGGAAGCGGUAUCUCUUUGCAGCAAGCUGAUUAGCCUUGCUUUGGAAGGGCUUGCCUACUAUCAUACAUAUGACAGGUUUUUCCUAGGCAUAAGUGUCACAAUGGGGUUUGUGGGCUGGACAUCUUAUGUGAUUCUGAUCAUUAUAAAAGUGCAUACCAGUCUGAGCAAGUCUACCAUAAAGGAUAAGGCAACUGGGAGUCUUCUUCAGUAUAUGUUUCUUGCAGUUGGAUUCUUCAUAGCCAUUUUUCUGUUUAUACAAAGCUUGCCCUGGACUUACUACAUAUAUUGCUUAUUACCAGUACCAAUAUGGUAUGCAGUUUUGAAAGAAUAUCCUCUUAUUCAAGGACUGACUACAUUUAUCUUGAAUGUUCCAUGGACACAAUCAGUUGGACUUUUACUAGUCUGUACCUUUGGGAUUGAAAUAUUAGUUUUCUCCUUUUUCUAUCGUGUCACACUCAGCUUUGGCCUGAUUGCCUUUACAGUAUGGCCCUUGGUGACUAGGCUGUGGAACCAAGCAAAGACAACUGUGCUAAGCUGGAUUCUUUCAUGUUUGCUUCUGGCAGUCUUCCCUUUGAUGCCUGUGGUAGGAAGAAAGCCGAAUAUCUCUAUAGUAACAGUAGCCGGUUUGCUGAUGCUCUUGACGUCUUCAUCCUGCCUGGUGGCAUUUCUUUGGAAAAACAAAAAGAAAUACAUGCAUCACAAGGAUCUCAAAAUAUACCUCUUUCAGUUGCUGAGUCUGGCACUUUCAGCCUACAUUGUAAACAACACUCACAGCAGCCUUCAGAGCAAGCAAGGAUUGCCUGUACUAAAUCAAAUUAUUAGUUGGACAACAUUAGCUUCAUCCUUGAUAGUGCCACUUCUAAGCCCCACAUUGCUCUUCCUGAGGCUGCUAAGCAUACUUCUGUCUUUGAUGUCAACAUACCUUCUGCUUAGCACAGGAUAUGAAGCCAUUUUCCCACUGGCGUUGGCUUUGUUGAUGUUGGUGUGGAUCAAUAUGGAACAAGAGGCAGUACAACGUUAUGGAGUCUCACUUAUGCCAAAGCUUGCUGCUCUCAGUUUUUCAUACUGCACUGAUAUAACACAGUUUCGACAACUCCAUGUUGAUGACAUCAGGAGAUCUUUUUUCUAUGUUUUCUUCAUAGUGACAGCCUUUUUUGGUACUGGAAACAUAGCAUCCAUUAACAGCUUUGAUCCAACUUCGGUCUAUUGCUUCUUGACAGUGUUCAGUCCUUUCAUGAUGGGAGGAUUGCUAUUGUGGAAGAUUGCAAUCCCUUUUAUUCUUGUGUCAUGCGCUUUUGAAGCUGUUCAAGUCACAACCCAGCUGUCAUCUAAAAGGCUUUUUCUCAUUGUUCUUGUGAUUUCAGACAUUAUGGCUUUGCACUUCUUCUUUCUGGUUAAGGAUUAUGGAAGCUGGCUGGAUAUUGGAACAAGCAUUAGCCAUUACGUUCUUGCGAUGUCUUUCACCAUCUUCCUCAUGCUCUUAAGUGGCGUGGCCCAGCUGUUCACUACGCAGAGACUGGAGCUUUGGGAUAAAGAUAAGCAUCAUUCAUUGUGACCAAAUGACUGAAAUGUCCAUAUUGUUGGAACCUUCAGCCUUCUUGAGGGACAAAUAGAAUUUUGAGGUUGCUGCCAGAAACUCUUGAAGAACAUGAUGCUGCACUAAAGACAGGACUUUGACCCCUUACACACUGGAAAUGAAUCUUGUCUCAUUUAUUUUCUAAUUGGGCUAAUGAGGAAAAUCCAAGAAAUCAGCCCUAUAUUUCUGCCUGGAAGGCAGUGCAAAAUAGAACGAGGGGCCUGUUUCCUACUAGAUGGAGAGCACCUUGUUCAAUGUCCUUCCCAAUUAGUGUUUACUACUUGAACAAUUAAUGGACAGAAGUGCCAAGAGAACACCAUGAGAUGCAUUUAUUUUAGGCUUUUUCUCAGGUUUGAGGUUGGGAUCAUGUCUAUAUUUACAUAAAGUGGAAUGACCAAAACACUUUAAUUCUUCCACUUUUUUUUUUUUACAAUUGAUAUUUGUAUGUAUAUACAUUUAAACUUGAAAAGAAAAGAAGACAUUAAGUCUUGUUUUGAAAGAAAAUGCUGCGGAUUUGUUUUAGUUUUUGUGGUAGUAUUUGUUGUUUUUCUUUUUAUAACAUAGUUUUAAAAAACUGGCAUUGAACCAGGUCCCAGAAAGAGUUUACAGGAGACCCUUGGAUAUUGUGCGGAUGACAUCCCAUGGAAGUACUAUGCAAGUUCAACUUACAUCAUUCAAAGUCUAAACCCGAAAACCCUGCAAAAAACCUAUCUCAGCUGAGAAGCUGUGUGGGGUGCUUAUUUGCAGGAUGGGGAUGAAAAAACAAAACCAGCUGAGCAGCCCAUGCUGCUUCCUGAGAAGUGGCAUGGGCUGAUCAGUGGCUUUAAUUUUUAAAUCCCCAAUCCCUCAAAUAAGCACCCCCCCCACCUCUUAGCAGAGAUGGGGUUGGGGAUUUAAAAUACGUGCUGAUUCUCAGCUGAGAAGUGGCUCAGGCUGUAAUUUGCAGCACACAAGUUUAGUUAUGGGAUAGUUUGGGUCAUUCAUAGUGUUGGGGAUUUAAAAGUUAAAGGGGUUUUCCCUUUAAAUUUUGAAACCCAACUGGAAACCCCUGGGAAAAACUAAAACUCCCCCUGUGAUAACAAAUUUGUAUAUAGGAAGGUGACCCGCGGAAGCUCAAUCCACAAUAUCUGUGGGUUUCCUGUAUUUAUCACAUUUGUAUUCCACCCUUCCUCAUUUCAGGACAUUGGCCUAUUUUAUCAUUACAGCAGCUCUGGGGGGUAAUUGAGGCUGAAGGACAUACUUGUGCAUGGUCAUCAAGGGGCUAUACAGUUGAGCAUGGUUGAAUUCAUGUCUCCUUGCUGAAGGUCCAACACUUCAUUACAUCAAUAGAAAACAUUCAGUGUAGGGAGAAUUGGCAAAUUAUUAUACUAUAGAAAUUGAAAAACAGAGUAAGAAAAUACCACUUUGCUUGGUAGCGGAAUAUAUGAGCGUUCCUGCAGUACUGGAAUUUACACAGCUGGUACACUGGAAAAUAACAUAAUUUUGCCCCUGAUGUCUUCUUGGGUGCCUGCACAGUCAGUAUUUGUCCAUGAAAGAUGUAUACUGCUGGCAGCCAGACCUGGAAGUUCCCAGCAACCUGUUCACCAGGAAGGUUGCUUCAGCAUUCCAGCCCUUUGGCUCUCUGGCAACAAAGAAAGCCAUGCCAUACAGUUGUGGAAUCCAGUCAUCCCAGUAGAAACAUUUGCUGUGCAAAACUGGAUAAAAACACAUAUCUGCUUGCCAGCUGCCAAUCAUCAUAUCAUGGGAGAGCAAUAAGCCACAUGUUCUUCAAACCUUAUUCUCUUAUCAAAGAAGCAUGUGGAAUGAAGUCUGCUAAUAGAGGCUGUUUGUCCAACUAACCCAUGUGACAAGCUUACUCUUGAAACAAAGAAGCAAGGAUAGCUAUCCAAUGCCAUAGAGAAAAUCCUACAUGUACAAACAUCCCCAGUCCCUGUUACAUGGGAGUUACCAUCAUACCAGGCUAAAGACCAUCACAAGCCACUCAAAACUUUCCAGAGCAAAGCAAUGUUGGAUGAAUCAUGCCAGUGGGUUUCAUUAAGACACUUGCACAGCUACGAGGCUGGCCCAACAGGUGGAUCCCAAACAUUUCAAUUCACAAAAUAAGCUUACCAUAAACUCAUGCAAAUAAACGACAUUUGUAUAAAU